GGCAGCACCGCCAACAGCUGUUUCGCAGUUGAGUAAGAAGCAGCAGUGAAAACGCCUAUUAAACACAAAUAAAAUGUUGUCACAAUAUAUGGAAGAGUUUGAACAGGAGCCCUUUGAAGUGGGCGAGUUUAUUGAACGGCUCACCUGGCGCACCAACAACGAAUUGCAGAACAGCGAAGACUUCAAUCCGGGGGCUCUUCACGACACAUUCAUUCAGACGAUCAAAGAUCUCAAGAUACUACAGGAAAAGCAGCAAAGUAAAUGCGAACGCCUCGAGGAAUCGCUACGCCAGGAACAAGACUCGCAUGCCGAGAAAGUCACCAAGCUGCAGGAGCGCCAUCAAACUGCCAUCGAUUGGUUUGGACAGCUGGACGAGAAGAUCAACUCGGUGGCUGACAAGAUAAUGCAUCUUGGCGAGCAGCUGGAAAAUGUGAAUACGCCACGCAGUCGCUCAGUGGAGGCACAAAAGCUGCUCAGCUACAUGUCCGAAUUUCUGAUGGCCGGUCCGGUUAUAGUCAACGAUAUAUUCACCGAUCCGCAGCGUCUCAACGAAUCAGCGGAUGUGAUACAAAAGUUGUAUGCAAUUUCACAGGACUUGCCGCCGGGCAACUUUGCCGAGUCAAAGCGUAAGAUCGAAAAGAAAUACGAUGAAGUGGAACGUCGUCUGAUCGAGGAAUUUGCUACUGCCCAAAAGUGCGAGGAUAUUGAACGCAUGAAGUCCUUGGCCCAAAUUCUGUCUCAGUUCAAAGGUUACACACAAUGUGUGGAUGCCUAUAUUGAACAGAGUCAAAUGCAGCCUUACAGUGGAAAGGAUAUCUUUGUUGGCAUUGUGCCCAUGUGCAAGCAUCAUUACGAUAUCAUCAAGAAGGUGUUUGCCAACCCACAGCAGGUCAUGUCCAAGUUCAUACUGAACAUCUAUCAGCUGAAGCUGCAUCAGUAUGCGAUGACCAAGCUGGAGGACAAGAAGGACGAAGAGAAGUAUCUGCGCACGCUCUAUGAGCUGUAUUCACGCACGUUGAAGUUGUCCAGCGAUCUGCAGGUCUACAUGUCCACCAUUGACGAUGACUUGCUGCAGAAACUGACACAACAAAUCUUUAUGAAGAAUCUCGCCGGCUAUGCUGAGAUCGAGAUGCGUUGCCUCACCGCCAAGUGUUCGUCGGAGCUGGAGAAGUUCUAUGCCAGCAAGAAACAUCAGAAGACGCAGACCACCAAAGGCUUUAGGCGAAACAUGGAGGUGCUGAUUGCCACCAAGGCCAACAUCAACAUUGCAGUCAUCGAGGAUUAUGGUGGCGAAACGUUUCUCUCCGAGGAGCUGGCCAUCAAUAUGCUGCAAGAGGCUAAAGCGUGUCUCAAGCGCUGCCGUCUGCUUUCCAACGAGACCGAGCUGCCAGGCAACGCAAUCAAGUUGAAUGACAUUUUACUGCGUUUCCUGAUGCAUGAGCAUGUCGACUACGCUUUGGAGUUGGGCUUGCAGGCGGUGCCUUUGGCCGAGGGCAAAGUAUUUCCACAGCUGUAUUUCUUUGAUGUGGUGCAGAAGACCAACAUUAUAGUGCAUCUGCUAGACAAGCUGUGCAACACAUCGGUUAUUCCUUGUGUGAGCAAUACGCCCAAAUACUCGGACUAUGUGUUCAAGAAGCGCAUAUUGAUGGAACAGAUCGAAACGAAGUUGGAUCAGGGUCUGGAUCGUUCCAUAAGUGCAGUGAUUGGCUGGGUGAAGGUUUAUCUUCAAUACGAGCAAAAGAAGACGGACUACAAACCCGAAACCGAUGUGGAUACCAUCUCAUCAGCAGCUUGUUUGCAAGUUGUGCAAAAUUUGCAGCCUGUAAUUGUGCAGAUUAAGAAAUGCGUCGAUGGCGAAAAUCUGCAGAACGUGCUGACUGAGUUUGGAACACGACUCCAUCGCAUCAUCUACGAUCAUUUGCAGACGAUGCAAUUCAACACGGCGGGCGCCAUGUGCGCCAUUUGUGAUGUCAACGAGUAUCGCAAGUGUAUCAGGGACUUGGACAGUCCGCUGGUGACUCAGCUCUUUGAUAUACUUCAUGCUCUGUGCAAUUUGCUGCUGGUGAAGCCGCAGAACCUUCAAGAGGUCUGCACAGGCGAUACGCUGAAUUAUCUGGACAAGUCGGUGGUGCGUCAAUUCAUACAACUGCGCACCGAUUUUCGCAUCAUCAAGAACACCAACUAUCUGAAGGGGAUCAUCGAGUAGUAGUAGAUGGAUGGAAUUGGGCGCAGAUACUGCUGAAUCACCACAUUCCCCCCUACCCCUCUAAAUUUACUACGCUGUGUACUAAUUUAUAUUAUUAAGCAUUUCGUGUGUGCACUUUCAAUUAAACUCAAGUGCUUGAGACACUCAUUCUCAUUC